GGCCUCGCGGGCCCUGAGGCGGCGGAGGCGGCACCGGGAUCGGACCGGGACCGGACCGGGCGGGAUCCCCCGUUGGCAGCACGAUGACCAGCCUUCCCCCGGACCAGGAGCCCCUGCUGGAGGAUCCCGCGGGCAGCAGGUACAGCCGGCAGAAGCCGAGGGAUCGCUGGAAUGGAGCCUACCUGAUAUUUUUCCUCCUGGGCAUCGGCUCCCUGCUGCCCUGGAAUUUCUUCAUCACGGCCAAGCACUACUGGAGGUACAAGCUGCAGAACUGCUCUGAUGAGCCAGGCCCAGAGGGGCAGGUGACCUCAGACCUGAGGGACUAUUUUGAGAGUUACAUCUCCAUUGCUUCCACUGUGCCCUCAGUGCUGUGCCUGGUUGGAAACUUCUUGCUUGUCAACAAGGUUGCUGCCAGUGUCCGGAUCCUGUCCUCCCUCUUUGUCAUGCUGGCUGUUUUCCUGGUGAUCACAGUGCUGGUGAAGGUGGACACCUCCUCCUGGACCACGAGUUUCUUUGCCCUCACUGUGGGCUGCGUGGCCGUGGUCAGCAGUGCCUCCACAGUCUUCUCCAGCAGCAUCUUUGGCCUGAGCAGCUGCUUUCCCAUGAGGAACCUGCAGGCUCUCAUCUCAGGCCAGGCCAUGGGUGGCACCAUCAGCGCCGUGGCCUCUGUGAUAGACCUGGCAGCAGCAGCCGAUGUCACCGACAGCGCCCUGGCCUAUUUCCUCACUGCUGACAUCUUCAUCGUCAUCUGCAUCAUGGUGUACCUGCUCCUGCCCAGGCUGGAGUACUCCAGGUACUACCUGAGCAGCCAGAAGGAGAGCCCCUCUCUGGCCACCGUGCCCCCCGACAGCUCCGUGGAGGACGAGGCACUGCCAGGAGGCACAAGAAGCACUGGCAUCCCCCCACUCCGCCCCAUCCUGCAGAAGACUGCCCUCCUGGGCUUCUGCCUCUUCUAUGUCUUCUUCAUCUCCAUCAUCAUCUUCCCUUCCCUCUCCUCCAACAUCGAGUCUGUCAGCAAAUCCUCGGGGAGCCCGUGGAGCACCAAGUACUUCACGCCGCUCACGUGUUUCCUCCUGUACAACUUUGCUGACUGGUGUGGGAGGCAGGUCACUGCCUGGAUCCAGCUGCCUGGCCCCAAGAGCAAACUGCUGCCUGCCCUUGUCCUCCUCAGAACCAUCUUCCUCCCUCUCUUCAUCCUCAGCAACUACCAGCCCCGGGCUCACAUCCAGACUGUAGUAUUCAAGCAGGACUUCUACCCCGUGGUCUUCACGGCCCUGCUGGGGCUCAGCAACGGCUACCUGGGCACUCUGGUCAUGGUCUAUGGUCCCAAAAUCGUGCCCAAAGAGCUGGCUGAGGCAGCAGGGGUGGUGAUGACCUUUUACCUAGUGCUGGGGCUGGCUCUGGGGUCUGCCUGUGCUGUUUUCGUGGUGCACCUUGUGUAGAGGUGUGGGAAGAGGAGGAGGAGGAUGCCCUCCAGUUUGUGGAGCUGCUGUUGGGUAUUUAUGGUUUGGGUUUUUUCCCCAAAAAAAGGCAGGUAUCCUGUGGUUUUCCCUGUUUUGGGAGAGGGGUGUAGCUGCAUCCAGGAGGGAUGCAGAGGGAAAGUCUCCCUUCUGGGAAGGGGCAUCCCCUGUGCUUGGGAAGGUUCUGUCAGACACUGUGACUCCCCAGUUUGAUGGAGCAGGGACCAAAACAGCCUCAUCCUCCCCAGGGAGCUCAGGGAAGCACCAGGGACACAGGGAUGCCAUCCCUUACCCUUGUGCCAGAGGUUUUAAGCUGAACCCAGGGCUUGGGUUUUACUGCUGCACUGUUACAAGUUCAGCCCUUCAGGGGUUGGGUGGUCUUUGGGGGGGAUCACCCCUCCCCCAGCUGUGAUGGUGGUGUUGAACUAAAAGGGAUUUGAGCCCUGGAGCACCUUCACACAAUGUAGGGAGUGAGCAGCAGCUGUCCCAGGGACCAGAGCACAGUUUUGCACAGAUUUCAUACAAUCACUGCACAAAAAAUAUCUAUGUAUAUAAGGGAAACCGCUCCACUUGGAAUUUUGCUUGCUUUAAUUUUUCCGUGUAAAAUGGAAUCGAGGGGAUCAUCUACCUCCUAGCGUGGUGCCACUGGUGUUGGGGACUAUUCCCUGGCCAAGCUGAGAGGAGCAUUUGUCCUGCUGUGACUGAGGUGUGACCCUCAAGGAAGGUGAGAUGCUGAGUGGGCCUAACCUGAGGUUUUUAAGGUGCCUUCAGUGAGUUCAAUGAGAGCCAGGGAGAGGUAUGAGACAGGCCCUGGCGUGAGGUGCACAGCAGAAAUCUGGUUAAUUCAUGUAGACAGGCACCAUAUGGCCUCCAGAUGUUUUCAGAGGGGUGAGCUACUCUGACACCCAAAAAUACAGCCCACCCAAAGAUGACUGGCUUUUAAAGUCAUUUAAACUCCCAUAUGCCAGCACAGCCUGGGCUAAAUCCGAUUAUUGUAUUUAUUUUCUCAAAUUGGCUGGAUUUAUGGUCUGGAAGAGGUGAACUGAUAAGGGUGUAAUGGCAGAG